AUGGCGACUCCAACUUCUUCCGCAACGUCGCCCUCACCGCCAAUGGCUUAUCUCUCGCACACACCACCGACCCCUCAACCCAUGAUCAUGUCGACCACCUCAGACAUUCUCGACAGAGAGCAGAGGCAAAAGGCAAUCCAGAAGUUCCUUGCCAGGGCUGAACUAUCAGGGGUGACUCGCGCACUCCGGGCGCGUCUAUCGUAUGCAUCGUACAAGGCUACCCACAAUAUUCCCCACGUACCCCUUCGUGAUCUCGAAGCACAAUCCAGUCAAAACCAGGCUGCCUCCUUCAACCGCACCAUCGCCGCGAAGCGGAAGGCGUCAGGCCCUCCCCAGUACUAUUAUGCUCCCAGUACACCAGGUCCAAGCUCUGGUUCACCAGCGACGGGCAAUGCGCGGAAGGGUGCACCGGGAGCCAUGCUCCCCCCGUCGUCUGUCAACUCUCCUCGGUCCCACUACCCCUCAAUCAAUGGUCAGCCUGCCUCCGCGGCUCACGGCGAAAUGGCUUCUAGUUCGAGACACCCCUCUAGCACUGCACCAAACCUGUACACUUCCAUAUUGGCACCUCCGCCCGCCAAGCAAGCGCGAACCAUUCACAAUGCUAACGAUCCUCCUGUACCAGCGCCAACGCGUCCGGCCCCAUCGCCACGACCACGACUUCAUAAAUCUCCGAGAACCGAAGUGGGCCGUUCGCAUGUCAAGUCUCGGCACUCGGACAAGUCCUCCAAAUCGACCUCUUCGCCAGACCACCGUAGAGCCAAACGGGCUUCUGCCGAUAAAGGCAAACGAAAGCAAGCAAGCGUUCGCGUUGACGCUGACGGGGAUGUCGAUAUGAAGGCUGCAGCCACAUUGACCUCCUUGCUGCUCCAUAGCAGACCAUCAAUUGGGAGUGCAUCAUCACCGCGCUCGAGCAUUGAUGGUUCCGAAACAGGCUCGACGUUGUCCUAUUCCCACUUUGCUCAGAGUUCGGCGAGAACGACGACGGGUUCCAUUGGCGCGCCUUCCUCAAUCCCUGGGCCUUCCACUCCUUCCACCGAUGCUCCCUUACGUCACCGUACCCCUCCCCCAUCCUCUGCCCCUGUCCAAGACCAAAUCACCCCUCACGCAGCCCAUUCAGACAAGGAAGCCGCCGACUUGAUGCUAUUCUUGGCCACCUCCCCUUCGCCGGCGCGUCCGUCCAAGGGCAAAGACCACGCUGCGUUCCAAAUACUCAGCGGUGAACCAACACGACCGAAGGGACGUGUACUAUUCCAGUCAGGCUCCGCGUCGGAGCAGCCUUCCGGAGAAUCUUCAGGUGCUCCCGCAGCAAGCUCGCUGCAGUUGCCAUCAACUCUUGCUCGAAGUGGCGAAGGAAGCUUCGUGUCGAGCAUAUCAAGCAUUGGCAGCGAGCUUGGUGGCAACCGAGACGCGCCUUCUCCACCCACGCGUGCAAUCUCCACCACUCCAGGACCCCAACAACUUCUCCCACCGCCUCCCCUUUCGUCUCGAGCACCGUCGGCGCCAUCCAGCCCCGGUAUGGCUAAACAGUCUGUCCCCGGUGCGGGAAGCCCUAGGCCCAGCAGUCAAGCUCCAUCGAUCGACUUUAACAUUCACGAGUUCAUUAAUGCCUCACCUUCUCCACGGAACGUAGUUGCGCAGGGGCACAAACCCAAUCACAGCCUACGGGCCGAUGUUGGGAGGAAGCUCUUCGAAGAAGAGCAAAUGCGCUAUGCUGCUCAAGGCAUGACGGGUAUGGGCAAUCCUCACACAGUUGGUGGGUUUGCACCGCAGAAUGUGGAAGCGAGGGGAGAGAGUCAACCGAUCCCGCCACAGACGUGGAACGCUGGGAUUAAUAUAGCGCAGACUUGA